CGUGGCCGGAUCCCUGAUUCCCCAGCAGGAAUGUGCCGGGGGGGGCCCGGCCCCCCGCGACGUUUCCUCUUUUGCAGCUAUUUAAGGCCGGUUGCCAGCACGGCCCCGCAGCGGCUGGACCAUGGAGCGGCUGGAGGUGACCGAGACCUUUGCCGGCAUCUCCCUUCCCGGCCACCUCCACACCCAGGAGUCCCUCGGCUUUGCCACCACCUUCCCCUUCCGCCCCAGCGACGUGCUCAUCGCCACCUACCCCAAAUCGGGCACCACCUGGAUGCAGGAGAUCCUGACGCUGCUGUUCAGCCGCGGUGAUGUCCUCCCCGCCAAGACCAUCCCCAACUGGGAGCGGGCGCCCUGGCUGGAGCAGAUCUACUUCAGGGAUGCGCUGCGGGACACAGCCGCCCCCCGGCUCAUCACCACCCACCUGCCUGCCCAUGUCCUGGCCCCUGCGCUGCAGAGGAGCAAGACCAAGGUGAUUUACGUGGCUAGGAACCCCAAGGAUGUCGCCGUCUCCUUCUACCACUUCCACCGCCUGGCAAAAUUCCUGCCUGACCCCGGCUCCUUCGACACCUUCCUCACGCAGUUCCUGGAGGGCACAGUGCACUACGGCUCCUGGUUUGACCACAUCAAGGGCUGGCUGGGUCAGCGGCACCUCCUGGACAUCUUAUAUGUCACCUACGAGGAGCUGCACCAGGACCUGCAUGGCACGGCACAGCGACUCAGUGCCUUCCUGGGCUGCGCGCUGGCGCCGGAGACACUGGGAGCACUGGAGCAGCACUGCAGCUUUGCCAGCAUGCGUGACAACGCCAUGGCCAACUACACCCUCAUCCCCCCCGAGAUCAUGGACCACAGCCAGGGACGCUUCAUGCGGAAAGGUGAGGUGGGGGACUGGCACAGGCACUUCACCCCCCAGCAGAAUGCCUGCUUCAACCGCAUCUACCAGGAGCAGAUGGGGGAUGUGGAGCUGCCCAUGCCCUGGCCCAUAGCCUGAGGGGCCGGGGCGCCAGGGGAGCCGGUGACACUCCAUUCUGCUGCUGCACAACAUGACUGCCCCCCCGCCACUUGCUGUGUCACACUGUGGGGGGGACACACUGCAUGGGGAGCCCCCCAGCACCUCCAUAACUUAUACACCCCUGUGCAGUGCCUCAGGGGCCAGGGCUGCAGUGAAGCUGGGGAUCUGAUGCAUGGGGGACGGGCUGCAUGACACUCCCUGGGACAGGGGACUUUUCCGACUACACAUUGUGACCAUCCCAGUGGCCUUUGCAUGGCCAUGACCCCUCUUUCCGCCCAACCCAUUCCGCAGAAAUAAAUAUUUAUUGCCGUUUCCA